AUCGUGCUCCAGAGAUCGCAUUCAAGAGUUCAAUCAGACAUUCUCGCGCCGGACGAUUCAGACAUUCAUUCUCUUGAGCAAGGUGGUGGCGGUGUAGACGAUUCAGACAUUCAUUCUCUUGAGCAAGGUGGUGGCGGUGUGUUGUAAUUCUGCGCCUGGAUCGAUGGAAUCGCUGCAUUCUUCCCGUUCGCCGCAAUCGUUUCGUCUGCGAUUCGAGCUACGCAAGGGCCGGAGCAAAUCCGUGCGCAGCCCCAGAGCUAUGGGCGCGGGCGGGGCGAGCAGAGACGAGAAGAAUCGGGGUCUCGACUUUGAGGUUAUACGAGGUGCGAGUUUCGAUGUGAUUCGGAGCUCCGGUGGGAAGGUCGCUAGCCUGCUGAACUUGAUCAAGCAGCAGCAGCACCUGCAGCUCCAGCUUCAGCAGCAACUGAGUUCGUCUCAGUCCCACAUCUCGUGCAAGAGAGGACAACUCUCUUUCCAACAAAUUCGAGCUCGUCGGUUGAGAUCGCUCUUUGCCCUGGCUCAGCAUUUUGACGACAAGUCCGCCGCUGCAGGAAUGGGCCACCCUCAGAGUAUCUCGUCGCAAUUUAGAAGGAGCUCUGAAGAAGAAGGAGGCUGUCAAUUGGAGACAAAAUUGUCGCGGUUGAUGAUCAAUGAAGCUUCACAAUAACUAGAAAUCAUCUGAUUAGUGUAAAUUUUUAUCUUCGGAGGUCGCAUCGGGAGAAGGAGAAUUAGAGAGCAUUUGUAAAUUAUAUUUCUUUAGAUGAGCAAGGGAGCAUCAACUUUGAUCUCCUCUGCUCGCAUUUACGACCAUGGACCAAAGAAUGGUCUCGUAGAAUGGUCUCAUCAUAGAAACAUAUGACAAACUAGAAUCCACUGCUUGGUUUAACCAAAAUGGAAUCCAAAGCAACUUUACCG